AUUUAUAUGUCCGUCAGUCCUUUGUUUAGUAUCAUCUCUCAUCACUGCACUGAGCUAGCAAUUAAUUAAGUAGGAGUGAUUUAUAAUACUACAUUGAAGUUAAUUAAUUACUUAGUCCAAGCAGGAAAUGAUUGAGAAGCUUUGGGACGAGGUUAUGGCCGGACCUCACCCUGGCGAUGAGAGCACCGGCGGCGGCGGCGGCCUUGAGAAGCUUCUGAAGACCCGCCGCCUCUCUAUCCAGACAAGUGUAGUGGAUGAAGCAGCAGCAGUUGGUUCUGGAGGCAGCAGCAAGUGGUACCAAAGGUCGCCGGCAAGUCCCACGACUCCUUCCCCGACGGCGCGUAAGGACAACGUGUGGAGGAGCGUGUUCGACCCAGGAAGCAACCUCGCCACCCGGAAUAUCGGUGCCGAAGUCUUCGACAGGCCUCUUCACCCCAACUCUCCCACAGUUUACGACUGGAUGUAUAGUGGAGAAACAAGAUCCAAGCACCGUUGAAGACACGCAUGGGAUCGCCGCCAGUGCUCUGUUUCAUUAAUGUCCUGUUUUAAGCUUCAAUCAAUCAUCUUUCCUUUCUUAUCUACACUUCUUUUGGUGAAGUGAAUUUGUGAAUUUAAGAGUCUAUUGUAGAAUUUGAAUAAAGAGAGAAAAAUUGAACAUGAAAUUAAACAAUUUCAUAAUCUAAGUUACAAAAUAAUCCGAGACGAUAAAUAAACGUAACAUCAGCAAGGUAUGUUAUAGGUGCCGAUUCCUUACCAGUUUGACAUCACAAUUUUUAAACAUGUUCAGUUCGUAAAUGUUAUACCAAUUUUAUGAAGCGGCUACAAACUUUUUUGAGAAGUUACAAACUUGUUCAUUUUAAGAUCUUUAUCAAACAUGGGUUCAACUACUCUUCAUUCUCUAUCUUACUCACCAACCUACCCCACCUUAAUUUUUCCUCUCUAUAUCUUUCCUAAUGGAACUCUCUGAUCACCGGAGAGGAUCCAAAUUCAUGAAACAUAUGCAUCUCUGCAAAAUACAAAAAAUACAAGUGAUGAAAAUAUGCAUCUCUGCAAAAACCAAGUGAUGUAGAAAAAAAAGGAUGGUUAUUAUUAUUAUUAUUAUUAUUAUUAAUUAUAAUUAAUUAUUACGGAGUAGGGACUUUUAUUAAAUGGAGUAUUUAUAUCAAAAAUUUAAUAACGGAGUGUUAAAGUCUUUAUUUGGUGAAUUUUCAAAGACUUAUACUUCCUCUGUCCCGCUAGAAUAUUUCCGUGAAUGGCGUACCAUGUUUGACUGACGAUAAAGCAACUUAAUUCCUGUUAACACUCCGAUUAUUUUUAAUAAAUAAAAAUAACAUAUUCAGAAACUACAUUAAAACCGCAACAAAGUCUGAUAAAAAAUAUAAAUUUGGUAAAAAUUUGAUUUAUAAAGUAAAAGAUUAAAAAUGAUUUGAGUUGAUCAUGAGAAUAGUGGACCGGAAUCUUCUAAUGGGACGGAGAGAGUAUAAAAAAAGUCACGAUGUUACUUCCGCCUAAAAAAUUACAUUUUAGGAGGAGAGGAUGGGAGGAGGAAGAGGAGAGUGGUGAUGGUAACCUUAUUACAAAACGGUGAUGCUGGAAGAAGGGGCGGCAUAAAGAGAUGGUGGUGGCGAUGGAGAAUCAAGGACAUGCCAAAGAGCAGAGGUGUGGUAAAGAUGAACACCGACUGCAGCAAAGAUGAACACCAGAAAGAGUGAGCCGCACAUUUUGGGAGGGGAGAUGAACAUCUUUUAGAAAAUUAGGGUUUUGAUAUUGGGAAAUUUCAACAAAUAGGAGCAAAACGUACGGAUUUUCCAAAACUAAGAUCGCAGAUUCACGUAAGAUUCAACUACACCUGCAUUGACCACAAUACCCUUACUUUUAGGAAAUACCAAACAAUAAAUAGACAACAAGUAGACAAUAAAUUGUCUCUUACCCUCCCAUCCAUGCUGCCAGCGUCACAGUGACAGAGCCAUCCUCGGUGGUCACCGCCAGUCAGCACCACCGGCCACCCGCCCUCACCCCCAACAUCUAGCCACCCCGCCCUCACCCCCAACAUCCAGCCCCCAGCCCUACUCCCCUGUCCCCAGCCUUAAUCCCCUGCUCCCCUUCCCCAAAUCGGACCCAAUCAUUCCCCAAAUCGGACCCAAUCGUUCCCCAAAUCCGGCACCGGCAGCAGCGUCCGGCAACGGCGGCGGCGUCUGGCAACGGCAACAUGGAGGAUGGGCUUCCUGCGGAAGAAGCUUGGUUGGCGGAAGUUUUUUGGCCUGAAGGGCAAAUUUGGAAAGUUAGAAAUAGGUUUCCUAAUCUAGAACUAAAUAAAGUAAUAUGAAUGGAAAAAACAUUAGCAGGUAUUAUUUUUGUAAAAGAGCUAUGAUUUGGUCCUACUAGGAGCAAAUUUCUCUUUGAUAUUAUAUAAGAGAGCAUAAUGAUAAUCUGAAGUCCUAUUAGGGAAUUAAAAGCAUGUAGUCUUAUUUGUGCAUUUAUGUUUAGUUUUAGCCUGAUAUAGAACAAUUACUACACAUAAUACUCUUACUUACAAUUACAAAACGUUUAUGCUUCUAUUUGAGAAAUUUUCCCUAAUCAUUAACAUCAAAACAUGCACGGUAAACAUGUAGUAUAAAGAAAUAUGUACAAGUACUUACCGCUAGUGUAAAAAUUUAUAAUAAUAGAGUCAACGUUCUGGCUAGGAAUUGAGUCUUGAGCUGCAUGAUCAUUGUCUUCAAUUCCAUUAACAAAUUCUAUGUAAAGGGAGAACUUCUUGAGCUGCAUGAUCAUUGUCUUCAAUUCCAUUAACAAAUUCUAUGUAAAGGGAGAACUUUAUCUCGAGAUUCAACCACUUCUCUGGCAAUAAUACAUGAACAACUCAAACAUAGUUCUUGAGAGUGAACAAUAUAGUUCUUACACAAGGCCAAACUCUAAGAAUAAGACGGUUUUAUCUUAUAAAUAAGCUAAAAACAAAACUAUUUUGGGUUGAGUACUAAUGGUAUGUUUGGGAGUUUGGGAGGGAGGGAAGGGAAAAGCUUCGAUGGAAGGGGGGAGGGGGUAAAGGGAAGGGAAUGAGAGGAAGAUGGGAAGGAAUACCUUCUCCUUGAUUGGGGAUUACAAAUUUGUAAAAAAGGAGGUUAGGGGGUAUUAUAACUAAAAUUACUCAUGUAUCCUUUUUUACUUACAACAUAAAGUAUAUUCAAAUGAUGAAAAUAUUUAAAUUAGUAAUUAUCCUAAAUAAGACUAAAUGAAAAACUAAUUGCACAAAUAUGAUCAAAACCCAAAUCAUUCAUAAAUAGGACUAAAACUUAAUUUUCUACUCUUAAUACUUCUAAUCUAAUAAAUUUAUUGCUCCCUAGUUCCCUUAUACUACGUAUAACACGGUAGUCCAUUAGUAGCGGGGCAGUCCGAUUUUUGCGGCGGCGGCAUUGCGGCAAGAGGCCGGAGAACAAGAAAAAAUUGGCCCAAUCAAAGCUAUGGAGGCUGGCAGUCAAAAAUUUGGCGACGGCCGAAGUUGGAUAGUGGCAGGAGCAUUUUAUUUCCAACCACAAAAAAUUUCCUAUUUUGGUAAUUUUAAAACUACUAGCUGUAAAUUUUGAUCUUUUUUUAGUCCUAUUUAAAUACUUCCCCCGUUCUUUUUUAGUUGCAACGGUCAACCUUUCACAUUUGACAACGCACGUCUUUGACCGUAAUUAUAUCUUAAUUCUAUUAGUAAAAAAUAUAAAAAAUUAGAUUUUGAAAAUUUGUAAUGAAAUGAAUUGAACACAAAUUUUUUAAAAAAUAAUUUUCAAAAAAUAAUAACGUAAAAUGUAGUCAAAGUAGAGCAUGUGAAUAGUGUAAAAUUCAACAUGUUGCGAUUAAAACAGAACGGAGGAUACUAAUUAACUCUAUUUAAAUCCACACAUCAAUUUACUCACGAUCAAAUAAAGAUUUACGAAAUAUUUAAACAUCAAAACAAUUGAAAUAGAGUAUGUUAACAAAUCUAUACUAUACUAUGAAGUAUGAAUAGCUAUUGCCUACUGGAGAUAUAUUCAUUGUACGUGGGGUUAAAAUAAUUGAUCAAGUAAUUAUCCUCCAAACACUCCCAAAGCUGAGGAACUUAGACCAAAGUACCCCAAAGCCUUUCCUCCCAACUCUUAACACAAAAGGAAGAGUCAUCAACCCUUAUAACCCUUCCCUCCAAAACUCAACUCCAAAAAAUACCCUAAAAGUAAAUUAUAAUUAUGAGUCGGAUGAUAUCUCCAUGAAGUGUCACUUUAUUACAAGUGUUUCAUGACUAUUUUGUAACAUUUCUAACUGUUACACGUGCUUUUAGUGUCCGACUUAUGUUGAGCAUGCUCCCAGUUCCGAACCUUGAUCGUUCAAGAUUUGCAUAAAAAACUGAACCAGAAUUUCAGAUUGGAACCAGAACCAUUGGAGAGACUAUGAGGUUCAGAUUGGUCUAAACAUGGACCGGAACAGCCAACAACCAAAAAGGUGGACCGGGCGUGAAACAAUCACCAGUCAAUUUGGAUUUGAUUCUUGAAUUUUGGAGACCGUGGCCUAUCGAUCUAGGAUUAGUUUAGAAUUGAUUCAUGUACAACCCUUUUGGUACAUAUUUCCUCUUGAAGAAAUAUUUGCAUGUACACUUUACCUGCAUGCAUCAUGCAUGUGGGGCUUGAAUCGCCAUAGCACAAUACUCCGGUAUAUAUAAUUCUCAAAAGUGAUAUGUAAAAGUUACUCUUGUAUUUUGUUCAUUUAAAAUCAAUAAUU